GCUUGAACAACCCAGUUCUACCAUGUUAUUCCAUUUUCUCAAUCAACAAGCUGUAUUCCGCCAGUUGUAUCCAUCACCAAGCACUAUACCAGUCCCAUUUGUCGCCAACAUGCCAACAGAUAAGGAAAUGGCACAGUUCUGCUAUUCAAUGCUUCGACAGCUUGACCUCAAAAUCAUCGAUUGGAACGAAGUCGCUCGACGUCACCAUAUCACAAACGGCCAUGCCGCUCGCAUGCGUUUCUCUCGCUUCCGACAGCAAAUGGAAGGUACUCUCCCACGACGUCUGCCGACCGGAAACCCUCGCGGGCGCCCCCCUCGAAGGCCGUGGGGCGAGGAGGAUGCGUAUCUUUCGAAGACAGGGGGAAGGCGAGUAGAUGCCAAGGGAAUGCCAGAGUCUGAUGACGAAGAUGUACCAAUCUGGCUUGUGUCUGAGGAACGGAAGCGGAGACUGAGAGUAGAAAAUGGGACCAACGGCCAAUGGACAGCCUUCAAAUCUGAACCAUUGAUCAAGAGCGACCCGAUGCAGGUGGUGCCCUCGAUUCCAGCGGAGCACAAUACAUUUGCCGCAGAAGGUUCCCAGUCUGCCACACUUUCACCGCCGGGCAUCGUUCCCCAGAGCCCAUUCAUGAAUAUUCUGCCGGCGGUACCGAGAACAGAGACAAUGGGCGGGUUGGAACCUGAAGUGCCGGUGGUGGGCAUGAGGAAUGAGACGGCACCAACUGUAUCGACUCCCGUGGAAAGCGAACCAAUUCAAGCGGUCGCAGAUCAUACCGCCUCCACGCAACUUCCAGAUCUGAUCUCAGCAUUUGGUGGGAAUCAGGAGCAGUCGACCGCUGAUCCAUCCUACCGAGACUCGAUGCCGCCAAUCAAACGGGAGUCUGAAGCCGAUUAUGAAACUGAACAUCUGGCUGUGUAUGCGAGAAUCCCGACGAUUAAGCAGGAGAUUGCAGAGGAGCAUGUUCAACAAGAUUAUCCGAUUCAGAUGGGUCAGAUGAACCAGAUGCAGAUGCCGUUGGUGAGGUAUGACUAUCCACGACUUCCGACCACGAUUCGAGACGAUCCAAUGUCAAUUCAACACAACCAUGUUCACCCAGAUGUAAUGAUUCCGGGCAAUGGAGGCAGGAGUAUGGAUAUUGGGCUUGUUGAGGCUGGAAUGGGACCAGAAGGAGCUAGUUGGAUGUAAUGCGAUUGUCUGCGACAUUGGUGUCUAUUUCAAGGAUUCGCUGGAUCAAGUUUUCUAGAAGUAUGGCUCGUUUCCUACCCAACUUUUCGCAUGAGGCAUUACCAAUAGCGAAACAGUGUCCAUCAGAUAGUAUAUUCAUCAAGUAAAG